AUACAAACAUGGAUUGGUAGCAGAACAAGAGCAGAGAGCUUCACAACAUGGAAACUCUGUUUUGUCUAGGAAUUCCACCUCUCCAUCUUAAGAGAGCUUCCCCUUUUUGUACAGAAAGAAGCCCAACUCUCCUCUUCACUCAAAGAACAUUGAAACUACAAGCAGAAGCCAAAGGUUUUGGUGGAGACUCAGUUACUGUGUCCGAGAACAAGAGAAGCCAAAGAGAUAAUAAUGGUGAAGAUGAUGAGAAUGAUACGAUCCCAGAGGUUAUAUUUGAGAGAAUGAUGGUUCGAAUCUUGUUCUUCGUGGGCUCUCCCAUGGGAAUUGGUCUAGCAAUGUUGCAGGUAUUUGAUAAACUCAAGGAACAAGAAGUGUGGGAUGUACCACUUUGGCUUCCUUUCUUGAUGGCAUCACUUGCCUUUGGAACAUCUGGGGUUGGCCUUGCUUAUGGCACUCUAUCCACUAGUUGGGAUCCAGAGAAGAAGGGUUCACUUCUUGGGUGGAUAGAAGCUCAACAGAACUGGCCUGAGCUAUGGAAGGAGGAAAAGGAAAACAAAAAAUGA